AUGUCUCCUCUUAGCUCAUCUGAGACAAUAGAGUCCACCAUCGUGGUAAUCGGUGCUGGAAUUAUCGGCCUGACCAGCGCCCUCAAGAUCCAGCAAUUAAUAGCAGAGUCUCCAUCUGCUACAUCAACAUCAGUACUUCUCGUCGCUAAAGAAUGGCCGACUUCAAUCCCGGGUGCUCCGGUUGUCCAUUCGGCUGACUAUGCUUCUAUGUGGGCUGGCGCUCAUGUCCGACCCAUCCCCGCAUCAACGCCCCAGCUUCGCCGUGAAGCGAAGUGGGUAAAAGCUACUGUCGCCGAGCUGGAGAAGCAUCGUCAAAGUGAACCUGGAGUUGGAAUCCGUCGGCUACCAGGAAUCGAAUACCUUGAGGAUCCACCGGCGGAGUACAUCAAGCAAGACGCGGCGAGUUUCAGUGCUGAGACUGGAUUGCCGGGAUAUCGCAAGUUUGAGACUCAUGAACUUCCAGAGGGCUUAAAGCUUGGAUUUGAAUAUGAGACUUAUUGCAUUAACGCACCAUUUUACAGCGCCAACUUGCUUCGAAGGUUCAUUGUUCAAGGCGGUAAAACUGUUCAGCGAGACCUGAAGAGUGAAUGGGAAGCUUUCAUCCUGGAACCAGAUGUGAAGCUCGUGGUCAAUGCAAGCGGAAUGGGUUUUGGAGACGCCAAGUGUUUCCCCAUUAGAGGCCAAACGGUAUUGACGAAUUUCACUGCCUCCGAUAAAACCAUCACAACUCAAAAGAAGGACGGGACGUGGAGUUUUGUCAUCCCCAGAUCGUUUAACGGAGGAACAGUUAUCGGUGGUACCAAAGAAAUGGGCAACUGGGAUCUCGAGCCAUCGCAAGAGACACGCACUAAACUACUCAAGGCAGCGGAGUCCAUCAUUCCCCAAUCAUGUGGCCAGGAACAAGAUAUUGCUUCGCUCAAAGUGAUUAAAGAUAUCGUUGGAAGAAGACCCGCUCGUGAGGGAGGCAUGAGGGUCGAGACAGAAUCCAAGGAUACUACCUGGGGAGUCAAACAUGUUGUGCACGCGUAUGGAGCUGGGGGACGUGGUUAUGAGCUUUCUUGGGGCGUUGCGAGUGAAGUCGCGGAGCUUGUGAAGGAGGUGCUUGGCUCGCAGUCAGAGGCGAAAGCAAAGCUCUAG